AUGGCGUUGAGCUGCGUUGAGGGGAAGAGGGUCGUCGCGCUUUGCUGGUCGUUGGUGCUGCUAGUGGUGGCUUGCGGCGUUGUUGAGGGAGGCGAACGGAACGUUCAACACUUUGUGAAGAUUGAUGUGGCGAAGAUAAAUGUAAAGAACGCGACUGAUGCGAGUGGGAAUGUGAGUAGUUCCACUACACCGAUGGGAGAAGCGACCACGGAAAUGUCUACUACGAUCUCUACGACGGAAGGAACUACAAGCAGCAGUACUGCUGCUCAGACUACCAGCAAAACAACUGCCUCGGAACAGGCCGUUACUGUGGAGAGCACCGCAGCUGGAACAGCUACGACUGCAACGCCUACUGUAGAUCCAACGGAGUUUGCCCAUCCCUCGUUUCCAGCAGGACGUGCGGCAAAGCUGGUCCCGAAAGGAUAUUACUGCCGAUGUGACUUGACGAUUAACGUUUGCGACAUUAACUGCUGUUGCGAUAUCGAUUGCAGUGCGGCCAUUUUGCGUACUUUUGACUGCGACCAGGAGCUACUGCACACGGACGAGUACCAUCAUGGCGAGGGAUUGCAAUCGUGCCGGGUACAGGGUGGACUGUUCUGUCUCGUCGAGCCCGUCUACGAGGAAGGGGAUGAAAGUUUCUACAACGCAGCAAAACUUCCCGACGCUACGCGUUACAAGUGGAAGGAAGUGUUUCCCUUGGAUAGUUCGACGGAAGAAGCGGUACGCCCUAACCACUAUCAUGUGGAUGAUGUGAUCUACUUCUACAACGAAACAAGCGAGCUGGUGCAACCAUUUGCCAAUCCUCACUCACUCACCGGCAGUACGUGUCAACUUGAGCAUCCCGUGCGCUUCCUCCGCGAUCGUACCAACCUCUGCCGGCGCCAAACCGUGGACGAGCUGAGUGAGUUCAAUCGGGCCUUUCUACGACACGCCACUUCAUCGGCCCGCUUCUUCCAGACGCCCAAAAAGUCCACCGUUAUGGAGCACUACUGUGUGGAGGAUGGGGACUGCCUGAAUGCUACCGUGUCGAUUUGCUAUCAUAACUCCCCGGACGGUUGGAACUGUACGCAAAGUUCGAAUGUCACCAACAGCACAUCGUCAGUGGAAGAGUUGGUGCUGGAGGAAUUCCCAGAUAGCAUAUGCCUUGAGCUUGAGAUUACAUUUAUUCACAACUAUACAAACCUGUUCAACGUACAGCUGAAGCUACUGUGUGAAAGAAGCGCUGACGAAGACGACCUCUGGAUGGAAUCCGUAUGGCAGCGUAUCACUGUAAGAUUUAUCGUUCCAACUCCUCCAUCGAAGCCGAAGUUGACUCGCACUGUUAGUGGCAACAUUGGAUAUCUCACCGGCAAACCGUUGAUCGUAUCCCAUCGGGAGUUUCCUGCAAACAGAACAACCCCACAGGAAGGAACACCUCCCGAGGAAAGCUCACCCAGCAAUCGUAUGCUGGCGUACUUUACGAACGAAACACGCCUACCGGACACGUCCUUCCGGUUGCGUCUCCCAAUCAGCCGUGCAAAUCGUUGCACACUGACCGAGCAGGACCACGGAACGAUCAACUUUGGUACGGAUUCAUUUCACCGCUGCAACUACAUCCCGCCGGAGCUGGUCAAUCAAACGGCGGGCCAAAAUUUCACCAAAUUUUGCCAAACCCUUCAGGUCGGUUUGUACGCCCAGCUGCUGAAUGGAGUUUAUCCGGAGCUGUAUCCCACCAAGGGUGAAGGAUACGAUAAGUUGAACCUGUACCUCUCCAAGUACGGCAACCCGCGAAACCGUUCCACCGACUGGGUGCGGGUGCGUUCCACGAACGUUGUAGCCGAUGCAGAACCCGGUUCGGAACAGGCGUCGGCAGGCAGCUCCACCGACAACACCACCGAUAGCUACUUCACCUGCACCAACAUGCUGAUCAGCGUAAACUAUCGGUUCUACUACGCACGGACCCGUGUGCGCGACGUGCGCCAUCAGGCGGUGGUGCACGAUGCGGAGAUUGUGUUUGGACCGCGGGUAAAUCUGCGCUUCCGGUUGGAGGAAGAGAUCCGGGUGCCGAUCUUCCUGCAGGUACAGUUUUUCGACCUAACGUCGUCCUCGUCGUCUGCGUCGUUAGGGAUUGUAGGGUUCGGUAAAGGUUUGCUCGUGUUUGGCGUGGUUUUUACAUUCAGCGUGUUAAGGUAACGGGAGGAAGGGAGGUAAGUUCCAGUGAGUAAUUUAAAACGAUAAAAUAUGAACCAUCUUGUGCGGUGAUUGAUGAGUGGAAAGAAGCAGAGAUCUUAUUUAAAUAAAGGAAGUGCCGA